AUGGGCGACGACCCUGACGAGGGGGAGUCGUCAUGGGCAUUUGGCUCACGCUAUAAUGCCCUUAACUUCCCGGAAUUAACCACAACGAAGGAAAACAACAAACCAAAAAAGCGGCAGGCGAAUCGUGAGCAGCAAAAAGAAGUAGAUUUCAUCAAGAUGGCUCGAACAGAUAACAACUACAACAAUGGUCCAAGGUUUUUGGUUCUCUCAAGGACAGAUCCCAACGAGACAAUGCAAAACGUGUCCCCAUUCUUUAUUAAAAAAGCCAUGGAUGCAAUUUCGCCCAAUGUGACGAUAAGCAGAUUGCAAGAAGGAAAAUUGCUCUUGAAAACGGUCGAUGGUUCCCAAGCCAAAAAACUGAUUAAGCAAACCCAACUUGGAGGUACCAUCAACAUCGCAAUCAAAGAACAUGAAACCCUCAACUGCACAAAAGGAACAAUAAGCUGCUUCGACUUCAAAUUCGUGAAGGAUGACGAAAUAUUGGAAGAACUAAGGAGUGAAGGAGUUACUGCUAUCGAUAGAAUAAAACGGAAAAACAAAGAUGGAAAUCUCGAAGAAACAAAUGUUCUUAUUUUGACAUUCAACCGGUCAGUUCUUCCACAGUCUAUCAAUGUAGGAUUCUACAACUGCCGAGUGCGACAGUAUAUAUCAUCGCCGAUGAAGUGCACAUGUUGCUUGAGAUUCGGGCACAAGAAAGACCGUUGA